ACCCUGGCAGGAGAGUCCUAUCCCCUGGCAGGACAGCCCUAACCCUGGGCGUCGAGACGGCCGGAGGAGUCAUGACGCCCCUGAUCCAACGGAACACCAUCGUCCCCACCAAACACACCAUGGCCCUCAUCAUCUACAACAACAACCAGCACAGGGUCAUGAUCGAGGUCUUUGAAGGAGAGAGAGCCAUGACCAAGGACAACAACCUGCUGGGCAUGUUGGAGCUGUCGGGAAUCCUGCCCGCUCCGAGAGGGGUACCUCAGAUCGAGGUGACCUUCGACAUCGACGCACACGGCACUCUGAACGUGUCUGCUGUGGACAAGAGCACGGGCGAACCAAUCACCAUCAUCAAUAAGGGCCGCCUGAGAAAGGAAGACAUCGAGAAGAUGCUGGAGGAAGCAGACCAAUACAAGGUAGAAGACAAGCAACAGAGGAAGAUGAUGGCAGCCAAGAACGCCCUGGAGUCCUACGCCUUCAACAUGAAGAGCAGCCUGCGGGAGGUCAACCCGCUGGACGACGUGAGAGUGGAGGAGAGGGAGAGGGUGGAGAAGAAGUGCGAGCAGGCCAUCCUCAGGCUGGAGAACAACCAGCUAGCGGAGAAAGAGGAGUACCAACAGCAGCUGAAAAAGUUGGAGAAGCUGUGUAACCCCAUCAUCUCCAGGCUGUUCCUGGGGGGGGAAAGACCAAACAGCUGUGGAGAGCAGGCCAGAGCUGGCCCCCAGGGGCCCACCAUCGAGGAGGUGGACUAA